UGCUAUAAUACUACUACAGUUUUACAGCCAAACAUGCACAUCUAAAAAGAAGGCAAAGAAAUGAAGGCAACAAAAAAUAAUCUGUUUGCAUUCACAAGAAUAUAGUCAUGGCAAAUAUCAGUUCGCUGCUUGUCACGCUUGCUUUGGUUGGACAACUAUCGGCGGACAAGCUCGCGUGCAAUAAUGGAAUUCUACGUCUAGUACGUCUUGAUGAUCAAGUGACUAAAAGCUACGUCCAGUACUGCCUUGAUGGAGAGAAUGGCGUUGGCUGUGUGGCAAACCAUUUUCCCGAGUGGAAGCCAACGUAGUGUGUAGACAGCUCGGUUACAGUGACCAAGGAGCCACAAAAGGGUUUAAUAGGAAUCUAGCAUCGAUGUCUAUCAGUGGCGGUUUCUUCAGGUUCAAUUUCGGCUCAUGUUCUGGCAGGGAGAAUGCAUUAGCAGAGUGUGAAAGAAUUGAAGCUUUAUCUAAUUGCAACAGUAAUCAACAAGGAUGGGUAAAAUGCAAUCCAGCUGAUUGCACUGAUGGAGCCGUACGACUGGUGGGCAGAUCCAACAUAAGACAAGGACGAGUGGAGGUGUGUCAGAACCAGCGAUGGGGUACAAUGUGCUACAACCAAGUACUAGCUGGACAUGUUUGCUCUCAGCUAGGAUUUCCAAGCCAAGCAGCAGUGUCAAACGUAAUCAGCACGACAAGCCCACAAGUUAGUUGCACCAUGGAUACCAACAAUAGGUUGAGCUGUGGGAACAUCACUGACAGUGGGUUAUGUGCUCGAGGUUUAGCCGUUGAGUGUCCAUCGUUCUGUGAGACAUGUCCUAACUCAUCGACAUUAUGCAUGGCACCCUCUGACAUAAUCGAAGAUCAAACUACCGCCAACAGCAGUGAUCCACCAAUCCCAAGCAGUAGUAUCUCAACCAGUGCUGUACAGAAUACAACCAUGCAUCCAAGAAGCCCAAUCACCAGUGUACUAGGAGUAGUGAUUGGGCUUCUUGCACUACUAGAAGUAGGGACAGUUAUUGCGUGGGUGGCUUGCACUGUCACAAGGAAAAGGAACUCAAGUCCAACAAAACAAAGUAACAGAAUUCUAACAAAAGUGAAUGAGAGUUACAAUGGGACAUUCCUAAAACAACCGAACGUCAGCUCACAAGAUCCUAACUACGAUACUGUGACUACAAGCAAUGAAGCAGUUAGUGACUAUGAUGUCAUUGACAAUUUCAAACCCAAGCCGAGAGCACUCCAGAUAUCCAACCCACCACCAGUGACUGUGGAAGCCAGUAAUUAAGGAAAGAGAGGUUCGGAGUAACAGUCAUAGCUAGUGUGCAGAGACGCAUAAUAUUACAGAAUACGUAACUAAUUAUUACAACCUAUGUGUGGAAUAAUUAUGUACAGAAUUCCGGCAUGCUGAAUACUAUAAUCAGGAGUGCAUGCACUAGCUCCUAUACUAUGGUUGUUUAUAGGCCAUCGGUGAAUCAUCCCUUCAAGAAAGUAAAGAAUUGUGUAAACAUGCAUGCAAUAUACAUAAAUUAUAAUAACAAUCAGGUCGCAUUACCGUGUUCUAACUAUGUUUCAGUAUAAUUAUGAUGUUAGAUCUCAUACAAAUGGACCAAAUCCUAGCACAUUAGCAAUUUAACAUAAAUUAUAUAAGUUUUUGAGAACUGUAUACUCAGAACACUUUUCUAUUAGCUACAGUCAGCACACAGUAUAUACACAAUGGCAUAAUUAUAUGCACACUUUGUUAUCAGAGUUAUGCCCUCAGGGCACGAGAGAGGAUGUGACUUAAAGUAAACAAACAUGCAGGCUAACCAUUACCAUAAAGGGGAAUAAGAAACCUUGUGUCUGCAAGGCUAUCAAUGCCUACUCAGUUUAGACCGCUGUUUAUGCUUGUGGGUGGGUGGGUGGACUAUGACAACAUAAGACAGGCAAGCAUACUACCAAAUUAAUGUCAACGUCAUGCAUUAGCCUUUGCACAGUACCUAAUAAAUCUACUUGAAUUGUAUCGAGAAUAUAUAGUCAUGGCUAGUAUCUGCUUGGUAUUACUCACUAUUGUCCUGGUUGGACAAAUAGUCACGGACGGGCAAAGUAAGUGCUGCUUCAGUAAUAAUUUGUAUAAUAUGGUUGUGCAGUGUGCAAUAAUGGAGCUGUAAAGCUAUCUGAGGAAGGAGGUUUAUUUCCGAAUGAAAAGUAUAUGUCCAGUACUGCCAUGAUGGAGUGUGGCAUUGGCUGUGUACUGGUGGUGGAACAUGGACGAGAGUGGAGGUCAAUGUUGUGUGUAGACAACUGGGACUCAGUGGCCAAGGAGCCAAGAAAGAAGGUGGUACAGCACCAACAGCUAAUCCACCCUACUUUAUGUUUGGUGGAACAUCCUGUAAUGGAGGGGAAAGUAACAUAGGAGAGUGCAACAUUCAUACUAAUAUAGUACAUGUAGUGAUAGUAAUAGUAGAGCAGGAUGGGUAAAAUGUCAACCAGGUAAGAGCAUUCAUUUUUGCAUAUCAAAGUUGAUACCGAGUGCUCUACAGCUAAUUGCACUGAUGGAACAGUUAGGUUGGUGGGUGGUUCCACUAACAGAGAGGACGAGUGGACUUCUGUACACAGGGACAUUGGGCAUCCGUCUGUUACAAUGAAGAUCUAGAAUUGGCAGGCACUGUUUGCAAAAUGUUAGGAUUUCCGAUGCAGGGGGCAAUGGCGAAAAGUACUAACUCUUCUAUUGAUCCAAUAGUCGACUGUACAGUGACAAAUGAUGGUACCACCCUGAACUGUGGAGACACUAUGCAGCUGCACAUAUGUGGUGCAAGACGCUUGUCUAUCACAUGCCAAACUUUCAGCCAUGCUGUACAUAUACUCUAGCAGCACUAGGAGCAGUGAUUGGACUUCUUGUAUUACUAGAAGUAUAGGGACAGUUAUUGCGUGGGUGGAUUGUACCGUCAAGGAAAAGGCACUCAAGUUCAUUAAAACAAUGCUAUAAUUGUUUCCUCUGUUACAGAAUUCUAACAAAAGUGAAUGAUAGUUACAAUGGGACAUUCGAUCCGAACGUCAGCUCACAAGAUCCUUACUACGAUACUGUGACCACAAGCGAUGAAGCAGUUGGUGACUAUGAUGUCAUUGAUAAUAUCAAGCCUAAGCCGAGAGCACUCAAAAUAUCCAACCCACCACCAGUGACGGUGGAAGCCAGUAAUUAAGGAAAGAGAACACUUCUUCAGAGUAACAGUCAUAGCUAUAGUAUGCAGAGACGCAUAAUAUAGUACGAAACUAAGAUUGUUACAUGCAGUCAUAAUUAUAUUAUGCGUACUCUGAAAACUGUACAAACUUUGAUAUCCUGAGUUUACAGUAGUUUAUGUGUUACCGUAUAGCGGGUAAUUUUCGUAGGUGCAAAUUUUCGUACGAACUAUCCUUCAAUUUUCGUACAGAGUUCUAGAUUGAAAUAGUGACGUUGAAUCAAUGUACCAGACCAAUUUAGCAGUUUUAAUUUUUGGAGAUGCUCUACUGAUAAGAAAAAUACGAAAAUUUCCACCAUACGAAAAUAACCCGCUAUACGAUAAUUGUCAUUGUGGUUAUCAUUACCAAUCUAGAACUCAUGCCAUUACACAAAUAUUCAGAACACUCUGCACACUGUAGUGCAAAACACACAAUUUUGUGUAAUGAAUUAUGCCUCCAGGGCACAAUAGGGGUGUGACUUAUAGACAGUAAACGCAAACAAGCCAAUCUAUUACCAUAAAGGGAAAUAAGAACUUAACUUUGUUUCUACAAAGCCUUCACUUUCAUUCAACGCCUACUCAAUUUAGAAAGCUGUUAUAAUUAUGCACUAUUGUGCCAUGCUUAGCCUGUGCAAACACCAUUAGAUCUACUUGCAUUCACAAGUGUGUCAGAAUAGUCAUGGCUAGUAUCUGCUUGGUAUUACUCACUAUUGUCUUAGUUGGACAUAUACUCGUGGAUGGGCAAUUAAGUGUGUAAUAAUGGAACUGUAAAGCUAUUUGAACGUAAUGAUAAUUUGGCUAAAAGAUAUGUCCAGUACUGCCAUGAUGGAGAGUGGCAUUGGCUGUGUGCUGGUGGUAGAAGCUGGACAAGAGUGCAUGGAGGCCAAUAUGUUGUGUGUAGACAACUGGGACUCAGCGGCCAAGGAGCAAUUAAGAAUAGUAGUACACUCACAGUAAAUGGACCAUAUUUUAUGUUUGCUGAGUCAUCUUGUGAUGGAGGAGAAAGUAACAUACGGGAAUGCAGGGAGAGUAUAUAUUCACCUACUACAUGUGCAAAUGAUAAGAUAGGAUGGGUUGUAUGUCAAUCAGCUAGUUGCACUGAUGGAACAGUGAGACUGGUGGGUGGUUCCACUAUCAGAGAGGGACGAGUCAACUUCUGUGCACAGGGACAUUGGGCAACCGUCUGUUACAAUGAAGACCUAGAGCUGGCAGGCACUGUUUGCAAAAUGUUAGGACUUCCAAUGCAGGGGGCAAUGGCGAAUAGUACUACCUCCUCUAUUGACCCAAAAGUCAACUGUAUAGUGACAGAUGAUGGCACCACCCUGAACUGUGUAGACACUAUACAGUCACACAUAUGUGAUAUGGCAAGCUUAGUCAUCACAUGUCAAACUUUCAACUCUGCUGUACAUACUCUAGCAAUCAACGGAACAUGCCCUAGUCCACCUGACAAUACACCAGACUGCAACUGCAAUCCAGCUAUCCCUAGCAGUAGCCCACCCAGUACCACAACACCAGCGUGCACUGACACUCACAGUAAUCCACUAGGAGCAGUGAUUGGACUUCUUGUAUUACUAGAAGUAGGGACAGUUAUUGCGUGGGUGGCUUGUACUGUCACAAGGAAAAGGAACUCAAGUUCACCAAAACAAAGAAUUCUAAUAAAAGUGAAUGAGAGUUACAAUGGGACAUUCCUAAAACAACCGAACGUUAGCUCACAAGAUCCUAACUACGAUACUGAUCACAAGCAAUGAAGCCGUUGGUGACUAUAAUGUCAUUGAUAAUUUCAAGCCCAAGCGGAGAGCACUCCAGAUAUCCAACCCACCACCAGUGACGAUGGAAUCCAGGAAUGAGAGGACUUCUCUAUACAAUACUAACAGGCGUAGCUAGUGGUGUAUCAUACAAACACGUACCUUAAAUUAAUACGAGAUUAUUACUAUACAUCAAUUAUUUUAUAACACUG